UAAAUUUCAAGUUCAUGUUUUGACAAAUGAUUCAGUAUGUAAUGGAAUAACAUAUGAUUCAUUUGUGCAUUUAUUAACUAGUAAUAUUUAAUCAUUUUUAUAAUUUGAUCUAUAAAAGACAAGGUGAAUUAAAAUGAGUGCUCUCAAGAUAAUUUUACUGUUUGCGUUAUUGGGAACAACAUUUGGAUCUGUGAAUAUAGUGAAUGAUUUUAGAAUAGAGUUAUCUGAAAAUUCUGAAUCACAAAAUGAAGAAACUGAAAUACCAAAAUAUAGUUUAAGAUCUAUUUAUAAUAAAGCAAAGUCGUAUGUGCCAAGUCCAUCUUUCUUCAUUCCAAAAAUAUCAUUAAAAAAUGGGACUCUUUCUUAUGAUUGGGGUUUAUUGCACAUGACCGGUUCCUUAAGUCGCCCAACAGAAGCUCCAAAAACAUUAAGCGAAUUCACGCCAGAAAGUUCUUCUCAAUUACCAGAAACAACUUACGAUUACCUUAGAUCUUUGCAAGCAAAUCCUCUAAUUUCUAAUGCAAUUCAAAGAUCAAAAUCAAUAGCAGAAAAUGUUGACAAUCAAGAUGGAUCUUUAUCUUCGAAAAGUAUUGAAGACUACUAUAAUGAAAUAAUUCAUGGAAUUAUUAUUCGCCAAAAUGCCGAGGAGCAAUUAAGCUCUUCUGAUGUAAGUGUGAAACCUGUAGAUACCCAAAAAGGUCAACACCAGGGCUUACCUACCCCUGAAAAAAUUCAUCCUUCGCAAUCUCCUGAGUCAAUUGUCAGUCUAGCCAAAGCAAUGAUUUCUAAAGCAGAACAAUUAUUAAAAAAUAUUGAAACAUCUACGAUUCCACCCAGAAGAGAUCAAGUUCAAAACCAACCAUCACAUGAUGUGACUAAUGUUGAUGCGAGAUCUGUUCUGGAAAGAGAUCCUAUAGUUCCAAUAACUGAAUUCACUAUUGAUCCAGAAACUCCAAGUGAAUCAGAUUUGAGUCCAAGACAUAUUGACUUCGAUGUGUCAUCUUUGGAAGAAACAUCUUCAGCUUCUGGAUAUUUGGUAGAAACUUUAGACCAACCCAACAUAAGGCCUGCCAAUUUCUAUCCAUUGAGAAAAUCUGACGAAAAUCAGGAACCAGCUGUUAAUAAUGCAGAGCUUCGUUCAAAGCCCGACAACGAGCAGAAUAAAGACGGCAUCUUGGAUAAAAUUGUCAGGAAUAAACAUGUAAAAAAUCAGGAUCUAGAUUUUUGGAAAGCUGAGAAUUACUUAGGCCAAACUCUUGGAAGGCCUUUGUUUAACUAUUUAAUGGACCACGAUAUGAUGUGAUUAGAAUUCUUGUUCAUGAA